GCUAUACCACACCACUAUGGUUCUGGGGUUUACAGUAUUCAACCAACAACAUCUGCAGAGUUCGAUGUCUUUUGUGAAAUGGACACAGAUGAUGGUGAUUGGACAGUAAUCCAGAGGAGGAUAGAUGGCAGUACAGACUUUUACAGAGGAUGGGCCGCUUAUCAGGACGGUUUUGGGAAUCUUACUCAUGAGUUUUGGCUAGGAAAUGCCAAAAUUCACAAAAUAGUCUCCACUGGUGAUUAUCAACUAUGGGUAGAUUUGGAGGAUUUGGAUGGCAAUCAUGCAUGGGCUAAAUACACUAGAUUCUUCAUCGGAGAUGUAACAACAAACUAUCAAUUAGCAAUAAGCGGCUACGUAGCGAGCAGUACCGCUGGAGACAGUCUUACAUACCAUACCGGAAAUAUGUUUUCUACGCAUGACAGAGAUAAUGACAAACUUGCUAAUACUAACUGUGCAGUCGAUUAUAAAGCAGCAUGGUGGUACAAUGCAUGUCACUAUUCCAAUCUAAACGGGCCGUACUUACCAGAGCAAAUUAUUACCUCUUAUGCUCAGGGAAUCAUAUGGCGAUUGUGGAAAGGAUAUUUCUAUUCUCUUAAAUCAACAAAACUAAUGAUAAAGAAAGUGUGA